AUGUAUAUUCUGCUAUUUAUUUCUGUUUUUUGCUCAAUUUCGAGUUAUGUCAACUCAUAUUUGGCGAUAUUUUAUGGAGGAGUUGGCUCAAGUAUGAAUUGUACGAAAUAUUCGACUGUCUCUUGGGACACUUGUAUGACAAAUUGUGAAAGUAAUGCAAAUUGUUAUGUGAGUUGGGAAGAGACAUUUUCAAAAAAUUUUGAAACAGUGAAAUUUCUGAAAAAAAAAAUUAAUUUUUCGAAUAAAUUUGAAAUAUUCUAAAUUUUUUUCUUUCAAAAUUGUAAAACUGGAAAAAGUUAGACAAACUCUACUUCCAACUUAAAGCCUUUAAGGUUCUCUAAAGUUCAUUUAAGCUCUCUGGAAUCCUAUGAGGCUUCCAAAGUUCUUUCGGACCCGCUAAAACUUUCUCAAGACCUCUGAAGCCCUCUAAAAGUCCCUAGAAGCUUUCUGGAGUUCAUUAGGGCCCUAUGAAGCCGUCUGAACAUUCCUGAACUCAACAAGGUCCUCCAGGCCUCAUAAAGGUCCCUUGGCUCAUGUGAGGCCCCUAGAAUCUCCUAAAGCCCAUUAGAGCCCAUCAGAGCCUGUCAUAGGCUUCCCAAACUCCAUUCCCUUUCAAAAUUUCAAUCUAAAUUCCCAGCUCGCCUACACUUCCCCUACAAUUUCUUGCUACAUCUGCGGUUACGGUGGAUUCAAAGGCAUCACAUAUUCUUCCUCGGAAACCGAUUAUAUUUUUGCAAUGAAAACUUGGUCAAGCAAUUGUUCCUAUAAUCAGGAUAUGUUAAGCUCUCAAAAUAUCGAUGUUCUUAAAACGUGCCCCGGUGGUUAUGGUACAGUAACCCGAAGCAUUUAUACAGUUUGUGCUCAGAGAUUAUACUACAAUAUCUAUAAGACCAAAGCUUUUGCGGUAAAUUUGUGCAUCGAAAGAACAUUUGGAUACGGUGGGAAACUGAUGGGUUUGAAUACUGAUAUUGAUCGGAUUAAUGGUGCCGCCGCUCCAGCUUCUAGCAAUGUUUAUGCGUACAAUUGUAGUCUUUGGAUUGGCUUAGAGCUUCAAAAUAGUGUACUUAAAAAUCCUUGUGAACUUUAGGAAUACAAUGAAAAAAAUUUGCAGAUUUGGACAUGGACUGAUCCUUAUAUGAGUGGAGCGGGAAGCAUUGUAUGGGCCUCGGGACAUCCGAAAACUGGAUACACAUGUGCCUCUCUACAAUAUGGAACUGCACUUUUACAAAGUGAGAAUUGUGCUGCAGCUAAGUGCACAGCGAAAUAUUGUCCAGGUUCUUGUUUGUGCGUGUUUCCUAUGCAAUAA